AUGCUUGCUAUUGGUAGAGAUUGUGAGUGGAAAGAUGUUGGACGUGAUUUUAGAUUCUAUGCCAUAAGUUUUGAUUUGGGAUUCAAAAUUUCAGAUGUUCAAGAGAUUAAGCCUCCUGUACCAUAUGCCUAUGAAAAAAUUGUUUUGUGGAAUCCGUCUGCACUUAGUCACAGGAUACUGCCAUUCACCCCUGUUGAGAUUGAGGCCUCACAGGACACAAAAUACCGGCCAUAUAUAUUGAGUUAUGGGUUUGGAUAUGACAAUGUUAUGGAUGACUACAAGGUUGUAAGAUUGGUUUUUGAUGAUGAGAAUGAAUGGUGA